CGCGCAUGAUCCAAAUAGUCAACUUCCUUGUUUUUGAUAGAUAGAAAGAAGAGAUGCGAUUCUGAGAGAUAAAACUAACCAAGAUAGAAGAAUCCAGGGGAUUAAGUUGUUUUCUCAGGGAGAGGUUGUAAACAUGUGGAUUUUAUCGGGACUACUGUUCGUCUGUUUUAUGGCGCCGUGUUUCACGGAGAUGCGGCCAUUGGACGACUACAUCAAACAUUAUGAGAAGCUGAGUUACGACACUCGCAACCUUCACAACAGACACAUGAGGACAAAGAGGUCAUCAGGAACUACGCCACUGGAGCUCAAGUUUAAGGCACACAACAGAGAUUUCCACCUGCGUUUGACCCCGUCGACCUCAUUGUUCACCAAAAGUUUCACCUCGACCCACAAUAAUGGUACCUUGGACCCUGUCGACAUUUCAUUCAUCUACGACGGAACCGUAGUGGGGGAGCCUGGAAGUCACGUCCAUGGAGCGGUGAUUCUGGGAAUUUUCCGCGGAACGGUUCGAAUCCCGGACGACACCGUGUACCACAUUGAGCCAGCGUACAGGUUUUACGGUCUGAAGGAAGCGGAGAAAUUACCUUACCACUCAGUUAUAUAUAAAGACGAGCAUGUAGAUAUUGACCCAUUUAGACACAAACGCGAGGCAGACUUUGAUGCGGGGCGAUGUGCGCUGGAUAAAUACCGCGACUGGAUGGUUCACCAAACGGAGGCAGAGGUCAACAUUCGCAACAAAAGGUCCUACUAUAGUUACAAAGAAGCAAUGCAGCACAACAAAUACUCGGCCGAGAAUAACAUGUUUGAGUCUCGAGAUAAGCGAGAGGUCGGCUCGUGCAGCAUGGGGGUCAAGAAUACCUGUAUCCUGUAUAUGAGAUCCGACCCCACACUGUUCAACAAGUUCAAGGCUGAUCUCAACAAUGAGGUGGCCGCCCGGGAUGAGAUUCUGUCCUUCUUCGCGAGUCACGUGAGUGCACUCAAUGAGAUCUACGUCCGCACCAAGUUCCAGCCGCUACGGGGUACGGCCCCAUGCUUCCAGGGAAUUCAGUUCCAGAUUCAGAGAACUACGAUAAUGACCGAUGAAACAGAGAAAUGUUCUAACGAGCUUCAGAGGACGGCCUUCUGUCAGCCCAACAUCGACGUCAGUAACUUCCUGAACCUGAACUCACUGACCAAUCAUGACGCGUUCUGUCUUGCCUACAUCUUCACGUACCGCGACUUCUCCCACGGCACCCUUGGGCUGGCCUGGGUCGGCUCUCCCACAGCAUCAGCAGGGGGGAUAUGUGAGAAAUACAAGUCGUACACGGAGGGAAACCAGCAAAUCAGGAAGAGCCUCAACACGGGGAUAGUGACCAUCAUCAACUACAACAAACGGGUCGCCCCGCGCGUCUCUCAGCUCACGUUCGCCCACGAGGUUGGCCACAACUUUGGAAGUCCGCAUGACGAUGGGCAGCAGUGUGCCCCCUAUGGAACCUCUGAUCCACAGUCUAGUGGUGGUAACUAUAUCAUGUUUGCCAGCGCCACACAGGGAAACCUCCAGAACAACGACGAUUUCUCACCCUGCAGCGCUGACAACAUCACCCACGUCAUCGACGCUGUCGUCAACCAAAGGAGUGGAAAGGUCAACUGUUUCACAGACUCUGGUAUGGCGUUCUGUGGUAACGGAAUCGUUGAGGAGGGCGAGGAGUGUGACUGUGGGUACGAGGAGGACUGUACAGACUCGUGCUGUAAUCCUCGGAGGACCGGGACCGGGGACACCAGUAGCUCCUGUACCCGGAGGAUCAACCCAAGCACCGGGAGCAAAUACGACUGCAGCCCAACCCAGGGGCCAUGCUGUACCACUAGCUGUAGCUUUGUUCCAUCCUCAAACAACAUGAUCUGUCGGACAAAAACCGACUGCAUGAAGCAACAGACCUGCAGUGGGAAUAAUGCUUCAUGUCCAGAUUCAGUGAAAGAGCCAGAUCUCAAAUACUGCAAUGAAUACUCCCAGGUCUGCAAACAAGGGUUUUGCACAGGCUCCUUGUGUCUAAAGGUUGGAACACCAGAAAAUGGGACAUUUCCAGGUGUUUGGGAGGAAUGCUUUGUUACACUGCCUGGUGACCUGACAGUACAACAAAAGGAGCAGCUGUGUUACUUAGCCUGUAAGAAGAAUGACUCUGAUGCUGUAUGCUAUGCCACAAACGAGAACCUGGACAGUUCUAAUGCCCUGUAUGUUCUCCUACAAGAUGUCAACCAGCGGAAACAGUCCAGCGGCGGAAUCAAACUAACAGCCGGUUCCCCCUGUAACAAUUACCAAGGUUACUGUGAUGUGUUUUCUCGUUGCCGUGGGGUUGAUAAUGAAGGACCUCUACAGCGACUGAAGAACUUGAUAUUUAACGAAAAAACGCUGGCCAAUAUAAAGAACUGGAUUAUUGAAUAUUGGUGGGCCGUCUUACUGAUGGGUAUAGGCCUUAUCCUGUUUAUGGGAUUGUUCAUCAAGUUCUGUGCUGUGCACACACCCAGCUCAAACCCUAACGCCAAACCAGCCUUGAAAUUGACGGACACAUUGAGGCGACGACGCCGUCACCCAGAGCAACAGUAUCGAGCCCAGAAUCACGACACUCAAUACCCUUUGAUAGUUGGCCCAUCGGGACCCCCGCCGCCAUACUCAGCACACGGAGGCCCACCACAGGGGCACAGGAAGGGAGCAGGGGCUAAAGGCGGGAGAUACAAUAAUUUAGAAAUGCGCAAAGUUUGAAUCAUAUAUCAUCUAAA